GCUUGGUAAAAUACAAAAUAUUUAUUCUAGCCAGUCCAUUUAAUAUAGGAAUCACAGUGCCCUGCCUGGUUCCUUUCUGCUGGAUUGAGUAGGUCCUGUAUAUAGUGGAAAAAUAUAGAAAUAAACAUGAAGUUCCUCCUCAUAUCUUUAUUUCAAAAACUUCUUUAUAUAAUAGAUGAGAUAUGAUUUCACUUUUACUCAUUUUUUUUAGUAGCAAUGUCAAACAACACUUGGGUGUUCAUAGUAUAGUAAGCUUUCUGUCAUUCUGAGCUGAGCCUCUGGGUGUCACUGUUCACCAGGAAGGAAAAGAAAUCAAAAGACAAAAGAGUCCUGUGUUGCUAUUCUUUACAUACAGUACGUUUACCAAGUAAAUGAAAGAACAAUCUAAAAACCAAGAGGUGCAUUUUCCAUUUGGCUUUGAAAUAGCUGUUUUCAUCGAGAGAAUGGAAGGCACACAAACCUGCAGCUGUAAAAGGAGGAUCCUGCAAUACUUUGCUAUUAUGUUUGCUUGCAAGAUAGUUUCUGGGCAGAUUCAUUACUCGAUUCCUGAGGAGAUGCACAAAGGCUCUUUUGUGGGAAAUAUUGCAAAGGACCUGGAAAUGGAAGGGAUGAAGAUUUCAGAAAAUGGACUCCGCAUUAUUCCCAAUGUAGGUAUGAUCCAAUAUUUUGCUUUCAAUGUCAACAGUGGUCAUUUAGAAACAUCUGAGAGAAUUGACCGGGAAGAAAUAUGUGGACAGGUAGAGAAGUGUAUAUUGAAAUUCCAGAUUCUUCUUGAAAGUAAGUUAAAGCUUUAUGCAAUUGAGGUGGAAAUUACUGACAUAAAUGACAAUGUUCCUCAUUUCCCUCUAUGGGAACAAGAGUUGGAAAUCAGUGAGGCAUCUAUACCUGGAUUCCGGGUCCCUCUUUCUGAAGCUCAAGAUCCAGAUCUGGGAAUAAAUUCUAUACAGAGCUAUCAACUCAGAGGCAGCAGCCAUUUUUCUCUGGAUACACAAAUAGGAAAAAAUGGUUUCAGACAUACUGAACUGAUACUGGAAAAAAUUCUAGACAGAGAGGAACAAGCUGUUUACAAUCUAAUCCUUACAGCUAGUGAUGGAGGAGAUCCUAUCCAAACUGGCACUGCAGAAAUCAAAGUUAUUGUUUUAGAUGCAAAUGACAACGCACCGAUUUUCAGCCAACCAAUCUAUGAAGUGAAUGUCAAAGAGAAUAUUCCUAAAGGAUCUAUUAUUGCUAUUGUACAUGCCACUGAUCUUGAUGAAGGGCUUAAUGGAGAGGUGAAAUAUUCCCUGAAAAAGACUACAAAACUGGAUGUUCCCAUAUUUCACCUUAAUUCCACAACGGGUGAAAUUACACUCAUUGGGAAUCUUGAUUACGAAGAAUCUACUUUCUAUGAAUUUGAAGUACAGGCCAAAGAUUGGGGAGGAUUUACUGAUAGAUCAAAGGUUGUUAUUUUCAUUACAGAUUUGAAUGAUAAUGCACCUGAACUAGCAAUUACUUUUGUCACCAAUUCCGUACUUGAAAGUUCACCACCUGGAACUGUUAUUGCAAUUUUAAAUGUACGAGACAGAGAUUCUGGAGUCAAUGGAGAAAUCACAGUCUCCAUUCCAGACAACCUCCCUUUCCAAUUAAAGAAGUCCUCUGAUGAGUUUUAUAGUUUGAUGACAGAUAACGCCCUUGACAGAGAACAGAUAUCAGCCUUUAAUAUAACCAUAAUAGUUACUGACCAUGGAACGCCUUCUCUCUCAACAACCACAGUGAUUGAACUACACAUCCUAGACACAAAUGACAACCCUCCAUUGUUUCAGAAAUCAAUUUAUCCUUUUUAUGUUGUAGAGAAUAACCAAAUGGGUGCUUUUAUAUGUUCCUUAAAAGCGAAUGAUCCAGACUGGAAAAGGAAUGCAGUAAUAAGAUAUUCUAUCACUGGAAACCAGACAGCUGAAUCAUUUCUCUCCUCUUACCUCUCCAUUAAUUCUGAGACAGGAGCUAUUUAUGCAUUAACCUCAUUUGAUUAUGAAACUUUUAAGAAGAUUCAGUUCCAGGUCAAGGCUCAGGAUGGAGGAUCCCCAUCGCUCAGCUCUAGUGUUUCUGUUAUUAUUUACAUCCUGGACCAGAAUGACAAUGUGCCAGAGAUCCUGCACCCCUCCCCUCCUGCUGAUGGCUCCACUGGGAUAGAGCUGGCCCCUCGCUCUUCUGAGCCAGGUUACCUGGUCACUAAAGUAGUGGCAGUAGAUGCAGACUCUGGCCAGAAUGCCUGGCUCUCCUACCAGCUGAUCAGAGCAACAGAACCAGGGCUCUUCACCGUGGGACUGCACACUGGCGAGAUCAGGACUGCUCGGCUUUUUCUGGAGAAAGAUGCCCUGAAGCAAAUCCUGGUGGUUUUAGUGAAGGACAAUGGGCAGCCGCCUCUCUCUGCCUCGGUCACUCUCACGGUGGUUCUGGCUGACAACAUCCCUGAAAUUCUCUCAGAUCUGAGCAACAUCUCAGUUCCUGUAGAUCCUCAGUCAGACCUCACAUUUUAUCUGGUGAUUGCAGUGGCGUUUGUCUCCUGCUUGUUUUUUACUUUCCUCCUUGUCUUAUUGGCCAUCAGAUUGUACAGGUGGAGGAAUUCAAAAUUGUUAGAGUCAGGAAGUGUACAUUUUAGUGGUGUCCCAGUGUCACAAUUUGUUGGGAUGGAUGGAGUCCGAGCCUUUCUUCAGUCGUACUGUCACACUAUUUCACUCACCAGAGAUUCUAGAAAAAGCCACUGCAAUUUUCAUGAGGAAAACUGUUCAAAUACUCUGACCAAUCAACCUCUAACCUGUGGGGUGAGUGACCCUAUCCUAGCCUAUGGGGAUUUAAACUUGAAGAAUGAUGAGCAAAUCUUAGUUAAGAGUGUGAAAUUGGAAGCUAUAACUCUAAGAAGAAAAAACAAACAAGGAAGGCAAUGACAGUAAUGGAAGCAAGCUACAUAAAGGGAAUACAGAAAUUCAAUUUGAGGCCACAGAGCCCUCACUCUUCAUCAUUGGCUCCCAAACAGGAGAGAUCCAAACAGCUCGAGCAUUACUUGAGAGAGACAUUACCAAGCAGAGGCUGGUCAUCAUGGUGAGGGAUAAUGGACAGCCGCCUCUCUCA